AAACACAACAAAUAUUGACUGGAGCUGGGAGUUGAUCAGUCCAGUGGAUUUUAACCUUCAGUUUUAAGCUUGGCUGUGGCUCCCUGCAGAAGCGGCGUUUGUCUCCCAUUGCUCUGUGUUUUUUUUUAUGUAUGUGUGUGAGAGUAUGUGUGUUUGAGCCCCACAGGCCGGGAAAAAUGAGGCGUCUGCUGCUGCUGCUUCUGGGGCUCCUGCUCCUCCACCAGGGCCGCUGCUUUGAGUUUGUGAUAGAUGGAGAAUGGGAGGAUGAGACAUUACAUGUACGGGAUCACCGGGAGAGACACAAGAGAGCGAUAUUGACCAGCGAGGAGCAGGAAGACUUUGAAGCCAUCCGUGGAGAUGACAUCACUGUCAGGAGCUACAAGGUUGAGAGCCGCAUCACGUCCCGCUUCGCCCACACCACUGUCAGGAGCUCGGUGGUCAACUCGGGCUCCAAAGCUCAGAGCAUCGGUUUCAACGUCCAGAUCCCCAAACGAGCUUUCAUCACCAACUUCACCAUGAAUGUGAAUGGGAUAACAUUUGUGGGCUCAGUGAAGGAGAAGACAGUUGCCAGGAACCUGUACGCUCAGGCCAGAGCCAGAGGCAAGGCAGCAGGCAUUGUCAGGGCUAAUUCCCAGGAUAUGGAGACCUUUAAGACAGAGGUCCAUGUUCCUCCCGGCAGUAACAUUGAGUUUGAGCUCCAUUACCAGGAGAUGAUGCACAGGAGACUGGGUUUCUACGAGCACUCUCUGUACCUGCAGCCUGGGAGGCUGGUGCCACAGUUCCAGGUGGAUGUGUACGUCUUUGAGCCAAAGGGGAUUUCCAUGGUACAAACACCAAACACCCUUGGGGUGCAGUUUACAGAGCUCAUCAAAGUCACAUCAACCAAAGACAAGGCUCAUAUUGUCUUCAAGCCCAACCUACAGCAGCAGAGGAAAUGUGACAACUGCACCGACAGCGCCAUAGAUGGCAUCUUCACCGUCAAAUAUGAUGUGACCAGGGACAGCAAUGCUGGAGAACUACAGGUCUCGGAUGGCCACUUUGUCCAUUUCUUCGCUCCGUCUAACCUCUCGCCACUUCCUAAAAACAUUGUGUUUGUCAUUGAUGUCAGCGGGUCCAUGUGGGGCGUCAAGAUGAAGCAAACCGUGGAGGCCAUGCAGGCUAUUUUGGAUGACUUGACUGUAGAUGAUCACUUCAGCAUCGUUGACUUUAACCACAAUGUACGUUGCUGGAGUGAGGAGCUGGUCCCUGGCUCAUCUAUUCAGAUUGCAGAUGCCAAGAAAUACAUCCAGAGCAUCAAACCCAAUGGAGGCACCAACAUCAAUGAGGCACUGAUGAGAGCAGUUCAGAUGCUGGUGAGGGCGUCCAAUCAGGGCCUGAUUGACCCUCGCUCCGUCUCCAUGGUCAUUCUGGUGUCUGAUGGAGAUCCCACUGUGGGAGAGAUCAAGCUCAGCACCAUCCAGAAGAACGUGAAGCGAGUGAUGAGAGAGGAGUUUUCACUCUUCUCACUGGGGAUCGGCUUUGACGUGGACUAUGACUUCCUGGAACGUAUAGCCAUGGAGAACAGGGGAAUGGCUCAGAGGAUCUACGCCAACCAUGAUGCUGCCGAGCAGCUACGGACGUUUUACAGUCAGGUCUCCUCUCCACUGCUGAGGAGAAUCACCAUUCAGUUCCCAGAAGACUCGGUGUCCGACGUCACCCAGAACCGCUUCGAUAAAUACUUCAGCGGCUCAGAGCUGGUGGUGGCCGGGAAGGUGCUGCCAUCCGAGAGCAACACGCUGACCAGCUUCACCACUGCAUCUGCUGCCCGUCUGGACAUCACCCUGGAGACAGACACGGACACCGCAGAGCUGGACAUGGAGUUGGCUAAGCAGCAGCACUCAUUCACGGGCUUCGCCAGACAGAUGUGGGCCUACCUCACCAUCAAACAGCUGAUCUCUGAAAGGUCUCUGGCUGCGACAGCUGCCAAGAAGAGGAAGAUCACCCAGCGGAUCAUGUCGCUGGCUGUGGAGCAUCAGUUUGUCACUCCACUCACCGCUCUGCUGGUGGAGAGCGAGGACGCCAAGGAGAGGUUGCUGGCCGACACCCCGAGGGACCCCAAGCACGGCUGCUGCUCAGGAGGAGGAAUGGGAGGGGGUAUAGCACCCAACGGUUUGUCACCAGUGCGAGUUGUCUACCAGCCUCCACCCUGGGUCCAGAUGACCACGCCGGCCCCACCGAGCCAGGCUGAGAAAGGUCCAGAGGAGUGGACUCUGCCUCAGAAGGUCACCUUAGUGGACAACGACCCUCACUUCAUCGUCCACCUGCCGGGGAGUAACAUGGAUGUCUGCUUCAAUAUCGACUCCAAACCUGGUCAUAUUCUCAACCUGGUAUCUGACAGCGGUACAGGUCUGGUGGUGAAUGGUCAGUUAAUCAGCUCAAAGCAGGCACACAAAAGCAAAGUCAGCACCUACUUCGGCACCGUCUCUGUUUACUACCAGCCUGAUGGAAUCAGUGUGACCGUCGGCACUGACAGCAUCGCCAUGACUGAUGGCAUGAACAACCACUCCUUCACCUGGGGGGCCACGGCUGAAAUCACACAGGAUGGAGUGCGGAUUUCCAUUGUGAAGGACUCUCACGUUACCGUCACUAUAAAUAAUAAUAUCCAGGUGAUGGUGUUGCUUCACCGUGUGUGGAAGAAACAUCCUGUCAGUGUUGACUUCCUUGGUAUCUACAUUCCCAAUGAUAACCAGUACUCCCCUCUGGUGCACGGGCUCAUAGGGCAGUUUUCUAGAGAGCCUGAGGUCAGUGUGUACGACAUCCAUGAAGGAGUCGACCCUCUGAAGAAGCAGGCCACCAUGGAGGUGAAGGGCAACAAGCUGCAGGUCACCAGGGGCUGGCAGAAGGACUACAGGCGUGACAAGAGACAUGGCUCUAAUGUCUACUGCUGGUUCAUUCACAACAGCGGGAAGGGCUUCAUCGACGGCCACUACACCGACUACAUCGUCCCAUAUCUCAACAGUUUCCUUCAGACGCUCUGAACAGGCAGAGACACAUUCAAGUACCAUGUGUGUAACUUUUUUACACUGAAGUCACAUUACUAACUACAUUUAAUUUCCUGUUCAGGAAUCAUUUAACCUAUAAACGUUUAUUCACUUCCAUAGAACACCAAAAGUCACUUUAGUUGAAUUUAUUUGGACAAAAUUUACAACAGCAAUGUUAAGAUCAACUUGAAUACAAAAUAAAAAAACAAAUUGGA